AUGGACCCAGCCGACAGCCGUGCGGUGGCGGCCUUCCAGAAGUUCCUGCAGACGCGGACAGACCAUCCUGCGCCGGACUACGCGGCGGCGGUGGCGUUCCUCGUGGAGUACGCUCACGAGCUGGGCAUGCCGGAGCCUCGGGUGGUCGAUGGCCUGGUGGCAGACAAGCCGAUGUUCCAAGUUGUAGUGGUUGGGACAGAGAAUGAGGCGCCUGCGCUGCUGCUCAACUCGCACAUGGACGUGGUGACGGCCGAUGCUGAUGCGUGGGAUCAUCCGCCGUUUGAUGGUGUCAUCGCCGACGGCCGCAUCUACGCCCGCGGCACACAGGACAUGAAGUGCGUGACCAUCCAGCAGAUGGAGGCACUCUCGCGUCUGCUAGCUCGUGGCUGGACGCCCGCACGGUCGGUUGUCCUCACGGUUGUGCCCGAUGAGGAGAUCGGUGGCGUUGACGGCAUGGCCGCCCUCCUCUCGUUCACUGUGGAGGAGGCCGCGGCACGGGCGGCGGGCGAGGCGCCGGGCCCGGUCACCAUUGCCGGCCUGCCCAUCGGCUUUGCGCUCGACGAGGGCCUCGCCAAUCCGACGCCUGGUCACUACACCGUGUUCAACGGCGAGCGCGCGCCAUUUUUUGUCGACGUCACUGCCACAGGCGCAACCGGCCACGGCUCGCGGUUCAUCGAGGACACCGCCAUGGAGAAGCUCAUCGGCUUUGCCAACAAGGCCCUUGCCUUUCGCGCCGAGCAGGCGGCCAAGCUCCAUGCCUCGGGCUCGUGCGAGGGUAAGAAGCUCGGCGAUGUCAUCACUGUCAACCUCACCAUUCUCCGCGCUGGCAAGCUGCACAAUGUCAUCCCGUCCGAGGCCCGCGCCGGCCUCGACAUCCGCGUCCCACCCACUGUGGGCUACGACGAGCUCCGUGCCCUCCUUGACGAUUGGACCGCCACCGAUGGCCUCUCGUACACCUUUGCCUACGAGCCGCCGCUCAACUCUCUGACUGAGACCUCGUCCUCGCCGUGGUACGCCGCCUUUGAGCGCGCCGUCCACGCCGCCCAUCCCGACGCGGUCUGUCAGCUCGAGGUCUUCCCCGCCGCCACCGACUCGCGCUACCUCCGUGCGCUCGGCGUCCCCGCCAUCGGCUUCUCGCCACUCGCCGGCGAGCCAAUCCUCCUCCACGAUCACAACGAGUCAAUCGCUGUCUCCACCUUUAUCUCGGGCAUUGCCGUCUACGAAGCGCUCCUCACCGAGCUCACCGCCGUCCCGCUCCCCGCCCCGAUGUAGUAGUAGUCCUCCCCCUCCCCUCUCUCCCGCUUGCGGCCCACACUUAUCCAACCAAACCACCGCCCACCAUUCAUC